AUGAAGUUCUUGUUUAUUUUCACAGCUUUCCUCAUUGUUCUAGCUGAUGCAGAGAAUGCGGAAGGUAUGCGGGAUUGCAGUCGGGAGAGCUAGGGAGGGGCCGGGGUUCAUUCCGUAUUUUAGUCUGAAGUAUACUUUUUCAGCCAUUGUGGUCUGGAACGAGCAAUGAGUUUGGACAUGCAUAUUUUGACAUUGAUUCUCCUCUUGAAAAGUGCGCUUUGAGACUUUUGAUGAAUUUCGAGCAUUUUUUAAAUGUCAAGGUAAAUAGACGCAGCUGCUGAGCAGCUGGGAAUAUGUGUAAGAGUAUACAUGCUGCAUCGGUCUGAUCUGAAAUAGGAUAUCUAACUUUGGUUCUUGUCCCAGACGCCUUUCCCUCAGAAAUGGGUGAAGUGCACUGUACACUAGGUUUGGGCAAGAGCCAUAAUUAUGGCUCUUGGUUUGGGUCAAGUGUCAGUUUUGUUUGAAAUAGAAUAAAGAAUUUAAAUAGAGUGAAUGCCUGUGAGGCACCUCCACCAAAUUCUUCUGAGAGUUCUUCAGAGCCCCCUUCCCUCCCCCCCUCCUUCGAUUGCCCUCUUCUUAAUGGAGUUAACGAUAGUUGCCCAGUUUUAAGCCUUCUGAGUCAAUAAAUGGGGGAAGAAAUCGCGCACCACUCGCUGAAAAAUUCCAUUUUCAGUUUCACAAUGUGGAAAGUACUGUUUGAAGUGGUUUCACACAUUUAACUAAGUAGACCACUGACAUCAGGCUAUAUCUUAACACAUCAAGAAUCGAUUAAGAAAGGAAAUAACUGAUGUUUCAAAGGAAGUCAAGUCUUUUUCAUUGCUAACUCAGGCAGGUCUUCCUCUCUGGUUUUUUUAGAUUAAAAAUUCCUCAUUUCCUCAUUUUUUCUCACUCUGUAUCAUCCCAGGCAACUGUUUUACUUGUAUUGCUGGUCUUUAUUCAUGUUCGGUUUGUAGCCUAGCCGUUCCACUCAUGUCCACUGAAGUCGCGCGUUACCGGUUUGUGUCCUUUGCACGGAAUAACUUAGUCAUUGGGAACUCUCCAUUGCAAAUCAGUUUGUAACGUUUACGAAUGUACUUAGAGCUUUAUUCAUGCUCUAGGCACUUCUCUAAGUGAAAUCACUGCUUACUUCUCUCCACAUGUGCAUCAACAGAGAAUGGCGACUUGAUCGAAGCUGAUCUGUUCGAAGGAGACAUUGUACUUGAGCCUGUACAAAGACUUGCGGUUGACUUAGGAAUAGAGAUACGCGGCAGCAUGGGGAAUCGUCUCUGGCCCAGUGGAAUUGUCCCGUACACCAUUGCUCCAAGUCUGUGUAAGAAAACGUUUUUAGUGUUUAUUAGAGAGCUUUAGACUUGAGGACAAGAACAAGUACGAGAUUUAACUUAAAGGUUUUACGCGUUUUCUCAAAAAAGAGACCUCCCGGAAAGCUACAUUUUACUUUUUAUUUUCGCCAAGAACGUUAGUACGGUUAUUUAUACUGAAGGAGGUUAAACCCUCUCUCGAUAUGGCAAAAUAAUUGAACUUCUUACUUUUGAUAACUUGUUCCUGCCAAAACGACAUUCUCGCUUAAAACGCAUAGUAGAAUGAUGACGGCUAUCACGUUUUCCCUCCAAAAAUGACGGUGGUUGAGAAGAUCUUGUUCCCGUAGUCGUCCUCGUCUCAGAAUCUAAAGCUCUCCACUAUCUUGGGCAUUCAUACCCGGACGUUACCCCAUAAACAUGGCGGGAGGUCAGUAACGCACUCCUUAAAACAAAUUAACUGGCACACAGAUAGUUCCCGUCAUUUUAGGCACAAAACCAUACAUAAAAACCUCCAAAAGGACUUGCGACAAGCAAGCCUUGUGUCAAUCAUAUUACCUUUUAGCAUCCUUAAAACAUGAAAGAUAACCCGGGCUCUUUAAUAGUACCACAGUCCACAAGGUGUAUUAUAUUGUAUGGAGGGAGAAUUUGAGCAAAUUAUCACGAAACUUCGUGCGUGUGAGCAUUUUGGACAACAACAACUAACUGCAGAGUCAAAUCAAAUCAAAUCAACUUUAUUGGUACAUCCAAUUAAAAUGGGUUUUCACAUACCAAUUACAAUAAAAUCUAAUAUGAACAAUAGAAAUUCAAUAUAAACAUUUGAAAGUGAAAAAACAUUACCAUACUAUUUAAAAAAUAUAAAAUAUGCAUAAUUACACCUAUUGAGUGUCAAUGGCUUAAAAACUCGUCAAGGGCACGUCCUUUAAUCGCAUUCUUAAAAACAUUAAAUGACUCUAUGUUUGCUAAACUUUCUGGAAGGUCAUUCCAGAGCUGAACAGCCCUAUAUGAGAAAGAUCGCUGACCUGUUGCUGAUCUAAAAGAUGGUACAUGAAGUUUAUCUUUAUUCCUAGUAUUUCUAGUAUGCAUCUGCCUUCUUGUCGAAAACUUAUUACACAAGGAUGGUGGGGCUAAUCCCUUUAUACAUUUGAAAGCCAUUAAAAUGUCUCUAACCUCCAGUUGCUUAGCAACCGGCAACCAGUGGAGUUCCUUUAACAUCGGCGUGAUGUGCUCAUACUUUCUUGUGCCAGUCACAAUCCGUGCCGCAAAAUUCUGAACUUUUUGAAGCCUAGCAAUGUUCUUUUUUGUUGUACUAGACCACAUGGAGGAACAAUAGAAAAUCUUGCUGAACACUAAUGAAUUUAUGAUGGUUAUGAGCGUAGACCUAUCAAACAAAUGUUUCACACGAUUGAUUUGGCACAGGCUACCUGUACACUUAGAUACAACAUCGGUCACAUGUUCGUCAAAACUAAGGCGCGAGUCCACGAUGACCCCCAAAUCUUUUGCAGAACGAGACGGUAGAAUCUCCUUACCGAGUAGCGUAACUCCAAAACCCUCCGGCACACGAGCUAACAUCUGCGGGGUUCCAAGAAGCAAUAACUUAGUCUUAUCUGGAUUUAUCAGCAAGCUGUGUGUGCAACACCAGGCGGCAAUCCGUUGCAAAUCUUCGGAUAAAUGUUCCACAGCCAUGGCUGUCUCCUGGACAGGAAACGAGAGAUAGAGCUGGGAAUCAUCCACGUAACUCUUUAGUGAGCACAGGUUAGGGACAGCUGGAAGAUCGUUGAUGUAUAUAUUAAAAAGGGCUGGUCCCAAGAUCGACCCUUGAGGUACACCAUAAGCUACCUGGCGAGGAUCUGACACCUCACAACCAAUCCUCACCCGCUGAUUCCUGUCCGUCAGAUAGCUUCUAAACCAUUCCAUGGCCUGUAUAGACACACCCAGUUCUCGAAGUUUACGUAAUAGGAUCCCAUGCUCGAUACUGUCAAAGGCCUUUGACAAGUCCAACAGAACCAACGCUGUGACUUGUUUUCGAUCCAUUGCUUCGAGAAUCAUAUCGGACAUGAAAAUAUGGAGUGUUUCUGUCGAGUGCUUCUUCUUGUUUCCAUUUUGAUGUUCAGUUAAACAGUUCUGACGUGUUGUGUACUCCGUUAACUGAUUAAGAGCUGCUCGUUCGCAGAUCUUAGACAGAGCGGGUAGCAGUGAUACUGGCCGGUUGUUAUUAGCAACCUCAUGAUCUCCUUCCUUUAAUAUCGGUAUCACCACGGACUCUUUCCAAGCAGAUGGAAAAACUGAUGUUAAAAGCGAUCUAUUUAUAAGCUCUGUCAGAACUGGAAGUAUAACUGGUAGGGCAUCCUUGAUCACACUCAUGUGUAACUUAUCCAUUCCUAGUGCCCUGUUCAAAGGAAAAGACAAGAUGAUCUGGUGUACCUCAAAGGUAGUGACUGCGCGGAAUCGGAAUUCAUCUAGUUGGAAUAAGUUCUUGGAUGAGGGGGGCUUAUACGCUGGAAGAACGUUAACUGAGUAAGUUAAGUUAACAGAGUAAGUUUCAUUGACUUUUUUUCAUAUUUCCUACAAAUUUUAGGAUCUUAUUUUUACACCAUAUACAAACACUGUAAUCUUACGGGAUUCGCACUCUGGUACUAUCAAAAUAGUCUGAGUGGGUAACCUGUGCUUAAAGCGGGAGUAUGAAAUCUGCAGUACUGGUAGUUUACUUAACUCUUUGUGUGCGUUUCUCUGUUUUCUUUGUUCUUGUGUCCCUGACCUAAACAUUUAAACAUCUUUUCUUUUAACUGGCUGCCUGGUAUUUUUAACUCUUAGGUUAUUUCGGGCAGCCAGCGCCCCUAUCAUCGUCUGUACUAUUUGUUAUAAAUUUUUAUUUCUUUUAUAUUAUAGGGUGAAAUAAAGUGUUGUUGUUGUUGUUGUUGUUGCAGGCUAUAUAUCCCUUACUUAUAAAAAAGAUGAUGCGCACUAGCUCCCCCGGCAUGUAUUAUACUCAUUCUAUAUUUCCUUCCCUGCGGACUAAUUCAAGACUUGAUUCUUUCGACUAGUAUAAAAAUCCUUCUGGCCUACUAUGACCGGCACAUCUACUCCAUGCGGAUUUAUGAGCUGAAAUAAUUCGUCUAUUAAUUCUUUGUUCUUCUUUCUAGCUACGCAGCCAAAAGUGAUGCAGGCAAUUGAGAAUGCCAUGAAUGAAUGGAGCAGUGUAAGUUGUAUCCGGUUCAUUCGCAGGACUACAGAGCAGUCUUACAUUGAGUUCUUUAAGGGAAAAGGGUACGUUAAGUUUUAUCUGUACUGAAAGCAAACUUUUUAGGGUUCCUGACUUCACGGAAAGGGUUGACCGGUGAACAUGUGACAUCACUUUAUUAUGAAUCGUGAGAUUUUGUAAGGGCUCAGGUAUAGAUUAAGGCAUGGGCCUCAAUUUGCCUUAAUUUGCUGUCUUCAAAAGUGAGAGGGUGGUCUAUAUCUAAGAGCUUUAGAUGAAGAGACAUAAAACUUUGCCAGCUAACCACAUUUGUAGUUUGUGUCAAUUUUGUGCUUUGAAAUUAUGCAAAUUAGGUCACGUGACCUCCAUCGGAUGAAUAAGCUUGUUCUUCAAACGGCAACACUUUUUCGUGUGUCUUCAAUUAUUUUACCGGUUGCAUUAUGUUAAAGCCGUGUAAUGUAUCACUUCUGUGCUUGGCCUUUUUUAGAUAUUUAAAAUCGAAAGCGUUAAGAUGGGAUAGAAUUGCUUUGGGGGACUGGGUCUAGUUGAAAAAGCCGUUUAUUUUCUAAAACAGUAAAAAAUUCAAAAAAGGCCAAGCACAGUCUUGUAGAUGCUUGCAUUACACAUUGUCUUAAACCAGUCCGGUUUAAUAACUCACAACAAAAAGUGUUGCGAUUUUUGUUUAAAGACUUUUUAUUGUUUUCUGGCCGUGUGGAGUCACGUGAUAACAUUUGCAUAAUUGAACAUCACCCAGUUGACAGAAACCACACAUGUAUGUAUCUGGCAAAGUUUCAUCUUUCUACUGCUUACGUGCUCAGAGAUAGACCACCCUUCAUCACUUUUUUACUGAAUCAUUGGGGACCCAUGCCUUAAUUUACCUGAGGGGGCCAACUUUGCCGAUCUCUUGAAAAUGGUCACAUUUUGGGCAAACUAUAUUCUGUAGUGUCUAGAACAUUCUCUAUCAAACAUUCUAAGAAGCGCUAAGAAAAUAUCCGGCUUUUAUUUUCUCUCUAGCUGUUAUUCUAGCCUAGGAAGAACUGGAAAGAAGCAACAACUCAGUUUAGCGGCAGGAUGUUGGGGAAAAAUUACGGUGGCACACGAAAUUGGUAGGUUACUUGCAAGUUAAAUAGCCGUUAGGUCUUGCCUAACAGGGACUGUGAAAAAUAUGUGUGGUCGGGCUAGAAAGCUAAAAACGCCCAUGUAGGAACUAUUAAUACUGACAAUCCAAACCCAGUUAAGCUGCAAGCAUGGUUAAUUCGUGCCAUGCAUUCGGAAGAUACACCAUGACAGUUGACUGAACGCCAGGGUUGGAAAUUUGGGGCGUCGCCAUUCCAUUGUGAAACAAAGAACCAGUUUAUAAGGGUUGGUACUGGGUGCAAAGAAGGCAUUUGCAGUUGGCGCGGAAAAUGAAAAGUGAAGUGAGCAACUUAUGACUUAUUUGUUUUCUGUUCACAGCACAUGCUCUCGGCUUUGCUCACGAACAGUCACGACCAGAUCGAGAUGAAUACGUCACAAUUAACUUUGAAAACAUCCAGGCAGGUUGGUGACAGUUUGGUAUUUGUAAAGAAAGCGGAAAGAUAUAACUUAACUUUGCAAUACUGCAAACAGCUACCAGUGCAGGCAUGUAGCAGGAGAAAAACAGAAAUAAUAAGACAAUAUAAGAUGUCUAUCUCGACUAAAACCCAAACUUUAUUUAAGGACCUUUUGAAAACCAAACUACGUACAUAUUGGGGACCUCAGUCACACAGUAUCGACGAGGGCGACGGAAGCGAAACCGUCACUAUUAAAACUGUUAAAACGAGUUCGCGUUUUCACAAACUUUGUCGCGUUUAUUCUAACUCGCUUAAGAUGUCAAAUUUAAGUCCGAAUUUUUCUGCAGAUGAACUAUUGGGUACCGCGCCCAAGUUCAGAUGACAAAGAAACGACACACGUCGUCGUGUGUUUACGUCCUCCAUAAGUCGUCGCAUAAGGCACUUUCACGUCGUGGUCGUGCAGGAAUGGCAAGGAAAUUUAGAAAUGUACAAAAAAGUGUCCUGCACGUGCAAAAUUGUUGUAUCGCUUAAUAAACCUAUUCCUUUUUUCGCGAUCUCGUUGCCGUCGCCGUUAGUUGAAUGCUCUCUUAUCUUAUCUCUAUCUAGUUAAGUUCAAUCCUCUUGACUUCGAUUUAUUAUCUGUGUAGUUCUUAAUUGAAUGAUUUAUGGCCUUUCAGGAAAGCAGCAUAAUUUUAAGAAGUACUCGUCUUCUCAAAUCAAUUCCCUUGACACCCCAUACGAUUAUGAAAGUGUUAUGCAUUAUGGAGCUAAAUACUUCUCAAAGAACAAUCUACCGACAAUUGUGCCUAGGCAGAGUGGGGUAAGUAUUAACAGGAGCUCGUUUCAGCAUUGACAACAUCUUGAAUUUUUGGGCAUAAGAAAAUAGCAAGAGCCCUGGGAAAUCUAGCUACUAUGUAAAGGUGGAUGACGAUUGGAAUAAUUUGGCCGACGGAGAACGGAAUGCAUAGUCAACCAUUCGCUCUGUUUGUCUUGCGCCCGUGAUUAUUUAAUUCCAUUUAUGUUCAGUCGAAAUGCAAAUGAACAGUCCUUGCAUGGGUAUUAUUUGCAAUUUCCAUAUGACCAUAUGUUUUGCAGGGAAAUAAGGCUGGGGGAUGCUUUCUGAUGCCAGUCAUAAAGAGCCUAUUAGGUCUAUUAGGAACUUGAACUCUAACUUUUCGCGCCAGAAAACCAUCAAAAUUACUCCGGGUGUCAAAUUCUUAUUCAGGCGCGGAUCCACACCGGCUUCCACCGAAAACCGACCGAAAUCGGUCAGAUUUUUUCAUAAUAAAUGUAUAUACUUUUAGUAAUAAAAAAUACUUUCUAAGUUGAAACAGGUCCUGGAGGAACCUGCUCUUAGUGCCCCAGGACCUAAUAGAAGCUUGUGCCUUCGGCGCUUGUUUAGGAAAUCGGUCAGUAUCUAUCCUAGAUCCGGGCCUGUUAUUCAUACCAUCUGCAGUGAAUUUUGUUUUUUUUUUCCAGGUAAAGAUUGGUCAACGAAAAUAUCUCAGUGGAAUGGACAUUCUACAGAUGAACCUACUUUACAAAUGCCGUUAA